CGAAGAAAGUCAUCUGGACGACGACGGAUGUUGAAUCGUUUCAAGAGCGCGGUGGCGACGGCAGCGUACGAUGUCGGCGCGUCCGUGUCGGGGGUGGUGUCCCAAGCCGUGUUAGGAGAAGAGUAUGAAAAGGGCUAUGAAAUGCCGCGGGACAGCACCGCCAGCGGCGGCCACGAACUGCUGUGGAAGAUUUACCCUGCCGUGUCGCGCAAGACGGGCGUGGAAGUGAGCGUGUUUGUGUUUGACAAGAAGGACCUGGACAAAGUGCAGAACAAGGAUCGCGUGCUGGACGUCCUUCGUCAGGAUAUGAAGACGUUGCGCGUGCUGCGGCAUCCCCAGAUCCUCAAGAUCGAGGAAGUGUUUGAAGAAACCCGCAAGACGCUGUCGUUCGUGACGGAGCGGGUCACGUGCUCCCUCGCAAACGCGUGCAAGAACUUUGCCAACGUCGCCAACGUCACCCCCGAAGUGCUCGAGAUCGGGUUGUCCGAGUUCGAAAUCGCAUGCGGGCUCAUGCACGUUGGCGAGUCGCUGUCGUUCCUGCAUCGCGAAGGCCGCCGCGUCCACUUGAACUUGACGCCGUCGUCCAUUUUCAUCACGCCCAAGGGGGAAUGGAAGCUCGGCGGGUUUGGAUUUUGCCGCGUCGUGGAGCCCGGCCAGACGUCGCGCAGCGAGUACUACGCCGCGGGCGGGGUCGAGCCGCUCAAGAAGGGCAUGGCGUUUGGCAACUACGAGCCGCAGCUCGAGUACUGCGCGCCGGAACUCAUCACCGAACCCCGGUCGUUCAACUCGAGCGCAGACAUGUUCUCCCUCGGUCUUCUCGUGUUGGAGCUGUUCUCCCCGCCCAAGCCCGACGGCACUCAUGAACCCGCGCUCGGACAGCUCGAAGGCAAGGUCAUGACCCACGGGUACAAGACGCAGUCUCUGCACCCCAUGACAUUCAACUCGCUGGUGCCCGUGACGCUGCACAACACGAUCCGGACGCUGCUGCAGCUCACGCCGUCGGGGCGACCGGAGGCGCGGGCGUUCCUGUCGUCGCCGUUCUUUGAUUCGGGGCUCGUCAAGACACUGCGGACGCUGCAGACGCUCGUGGAGCAGGACCCGGCGUCCCAGGCCAAGUUUCUGCAGUCGCUGCCGGACAUCUUGACGGGAUUUUCGCCGCGGGUACUCCGCGACAUGGUCCUUCCCGGUCUCCAAAGCGUGGUAAUCAAUCCCCCCGUAGCCCCGUUCGUCAUCACGCCGCUGCUCAAGGUCGUGUCCAUGGUGGACAAGUCGACAUUCGCCCGCAGCAUCGCGCCCAUGCUGGUGCCGCUGCUCCAGAUCACCGAGCCCGUCCAAUGCAUGCUCAUGUUUGUAUCCAACCUCGAGACGCUCAUCCCCAAGGCGGACGACGGGUACAUCCGCGACCACAUCGUGCCCAUGCUGUGUCGGUCGCUCGACUCGACGGUGCCCGAGAUCCUCGACACGGUGCUCAAUAAGAUCGUGGACCAGGCCAGCUUGUUCGAGUACCGCAUCCUCAAGCAAGUGAUCCUUCCUCGGGUCACACGGCUGAUUCUGGACCCGCCGCAGCUGUCUGUGCGCGUGAACGCACUUUUGUGGCUCGCCAAGUCGUUUCAUGUGUUUGACAAGGACUUGCUCAUCGACUCGGUGCUCCCGUGCCUGUCUGAGUGCCUCGUCAAGGAUAAAACUCCCGCCGUGUGCAUGUGCAUUUUGGGCUGCUAUGACAACCUGGGCAAACACCUCGGCCCAGAGUACAUGGCCAAGCUCAUCUUGCCGGCCGUGGCGCCGCUCCUAUGGGAGAAGAGCUUGAAUGGCGCGCAAUUUGACAUGGUCUGCGAACGCGUCAAUGCCAUGCUCAAGGAGAUCAUUGGCGAGCGGGAAAAGUCGCUGAUGGCCGAGGGCGGCUUGGCUACUCAAAGCCUGGCGACGUCGGGGUUCCAAGACCAAGCGCGUGCGUUAGAAGCGGCGAAAGAGCGCCAGUCGGGCUUGUCGUCGGUGAAUAAAAUGCUCCAGGAAGAGUAUGUGGUCAAGAAGGAGCCGGAAAAGCCGGCUGAACCGCCCCAGCCGUACUCGGAUCGGCGUCCGGCGGCGUAUUCCGAUCGAAGUAGCACCAACUCGCAGCCGCCGCGCACGUCGUCGGAUCCGUUCCUGCUCCCGUCCAACUCGUCGGGGUCUCCGCAACGCACUGACACGAGCAACUCGUCCAGUGACAGCUACGCCGCGCGUCGAAAGGCCAAAAAGGCCAACCGCGACGCCAAAACAUCGACCGAGCUGCUCGACUUGCCGGUGCAACAGCCUUCGUCCAACGCCUACGACAACUCGCUCCUUUCCACGCCGUUGCCCACUGCGACGCCGCCUCCGGCCAACUUGUUCUCUGGCAUGAACAUGGGCACUGCUGUCCCCGCGACCUUCAACCCUCCCCCAGUCAGCCAAUCGUUUGCAGCGCCUUCGUCGUCGUUUUCGAUGGCACCGCCGCCACCUGCCGCGAGCCCGUACGGCCAACAGGGGGGGGGGUACCCCCAGCAGCAGCAGCAACGAUUCGCGUCACAGCCGACUCAGUACAUGCCACAGCCAGCGUACAAUCAAUUCAACGUGGCGCCUCCUCCUUCGAUCAACCAAGGGCAACAAUAUGGCCAGCAGCAAUACAAUCACCCCGGCGGGUUCAACUCGACGCCAGCAACCGGCGGAGGCUAUCCCCAGGCCCCGUUUCAAAUUGCAUACCCAGCCCAACAGCAACAGCAGCAAGAUGGCAACAAGUUUAGCGCGUUUGAUAACAUGUAAUCGUUAUACAUCUCGUAAUAUAUUUCUGGGCAAACUAUGGAAUGCGAG